GAGGCAUAUCUGCAGCUCCCGAUGGGCCAGGCAGUCUGGGCCAACUCCCCCGAGAGGCAGCCAACCCUCAGGGCUGCUCAGUCGAUGCCUUUGCCACUGACUUCCAGGCAUGUGGUGGUUCCUGCCCUGGAGGCUGGCAGCAGUGACAGCAGCCGCCACGGGCAGCGUCCUGGCCACGGCCCUCUCUCCAGUUUCCACGACCAUGGAUGUCACCCCAGACCCAUGGGAGGACACAUUCUCACGUCCUCAAUUCUGCAAGUGGCCAUGCGAGUGCCCGCCGUCCCCACCCCGCUGCCCACUUGGGGUCAGCCUCAUCACAGAUGGCUGUGAAUGCUGCAAGGUGUGUGCCCAACAGCUUGGGGACAACUGCACGGAGGCUGCCAUCUGUGAUCCCCAUCGGGGCCUCUACUGUGACUACAGUGGGGACCGCCCGAGGUACGCAAUAGGAGUGUGUGCACAGGUGGUCGGCGUGGGCUGCGUUCUGGAUGGGGUACGCUAUGAAAAUGGGCAGUCCUUCCAGCCUAACUGCAAGUACAACUGCACAUGUGUCGACGGUGCAGUGGGCUGCACACCACUGUGCCUCCAUGAGCGUCCCCCACGUCUCUGGUGCCGCCACCCCCGGCGGGCAAGCGUGCCUGGCCACUGCUGCAAGCAGUGGGUGUGUGACGAUGACGUCAAGAAGCCACACAAGACUGCACCACGUGACAUGGAUGCUUUCGCGGCCGCGGGCCAGGUGGAGCCAUGGCACCAGAACUGCAUUGCCUACAUGAGCCCCUGGAGCCCCUGCUCCACCACCUGUGGCCUGGGGGUCUCCACCCGGAUCUCCACCAUCAACGCCCGCUGCUGGCCUGAGCAGGAGAGCCGUCUCUGCAACUUGCGGCCGUGUGACGUGGACCUCCGCCUUCACAUCAAGGCAGGUAAGAAGUGUCUGGCUGUGUACCAGCCAGAGGCACCCAUGAACUUCACCCUUGCGGGCUGCAGCAGCACACGCUCCUACAGACCCAAGUACUGCGGGAUCUGCACCGACGACAGGUGCUGCGUCCCCUACAAGUCCAAGACCAUCGAUGUCUCCUUCCAGUGUCCAGAGGGGCCUGGCUUCUCCCGCCAGGUCCAGUGGAUUAACGCUUGCUUCUGCAACCUGAGCUGCAGGAAUCCCAACGACAUCUUUGUUGACUUGGAAUCCUACCCUGACUUUUCAGAAAUUGCCAAUUAGGCAGAAGCAAAUCAAGGAUUGAUUUGGGGCCUGGCCUAAAGCUUGUAAAGCAGUCAACCUUCUAGGCCAAGUACUUUCACAACUGAGCCUUCUUUUAUCCACUUCCUCCUUACUUCUCAUGACCUUGGACUAGACCCUUGACCUCCUUCUCUGUCUCCAACUACCCAGAUGACCCAUGCUGAUGGUGCUGCUCAGGCUAAGGCAUCCACUCCAAAGAAAAUGCCUGUCUCUGACUGUCUAGACCAGACUGAAGCCUGAUUCAGCCUGUCCAAAUCACUGGAAGUCCUGCUGGAUCUUUCCCAAGUUCCAAAGAAUAAAAUCAGCCAGAUACCCCAUACCACUAAUUCCUUGUAUAGGUGCCAAACAAGAAGUCUGAAUAGACUUCUUGGGUCUCUGUUCAGAAGAAUAGAUGAGAUUAUUCGGACCUGCCAUGUGGGACUUUCCUGGGCAGUUCUGACCACAGCAUACCCAAAGAAGCUCUGAUCCCAAAGAUGUGUGCACCCCAAGGUCAUCAUACAUUUGCCAAGUGAGGUGAAUGAUUAUUUGGGUUUGGAAUGGAAACUUUUAAUGGAAAGUUGUAUUCACUAACCUAGGCAUUUUUUAGGUUAAGUUUAUCUUUACUCCUGUACUGUGAACAGUCCACAUUGGGUUCAACUCAGUCUAAAGCAAUUUGAUAAAUUGCAUUCUUGUUUGUAAGAAAAGUGCCCAGUUAAUAUCAGGGUCAGGAUAAGGUAAACAACCUCAAAGGAGCAAUGAACACUAGCCCCAGAUCUGCAGCCGUCUGACAGGCCUUUGGGCUGUUGGCAGGCUCUUCCAUGCAUCCUGAGGCUCUCCUUGCAUGGGACUCAUGGGAAUAGGUGGAGCCUCUGGACUGGCCUCUCUGACCCUUGAGAGUGGUACCCUGGGACAUUCUUCUCUCUUAAGGAGGCUUGAGAGACUCAGCUGAAGACCAGGUGAGGUGGCCUGAAAUAACUACGACAGAUCUAGGUUGGGUGUGGGUUAAACCAGGAAGCGUCUACUCUGCAUCAGCCUGGGGUGGCCUCUAGAGCUGGAGGCUACAGGACCCAGGGACCAGGACACAUUUAUUUCUGCCAAAAUUACCCAUUUCAUAGCUUUGGGAUCUGAGGACCAAAAUGAUGAUGAAGACAGAGGCUUAUUAGCUUAGAAAUAGGAAUGAAAAGUCAAAAAGGAGUUGAAGCUAAAAGAAAGAGAAACUUUUUAUUGAUGGAAAUGAGGCUAUUAUUUAUUAGUAAAAUGUACCAUUUACUGUUAAACUCCUUUACUUAGUACCUUCUAUGUUAUGUUGUUCUCGGUGCUUUACAUAUGCAAGCUCACUGAACCUGUAUGACAAUGUGGAGAAAUUCCCAUUAUUUUUUCUGUUAAUACGAAUGUGAAACUAGAGAUCAGAGAAGUGAGGAUAUUUGACCAAAGUCAUCCAGCUGGUAAAAGAGAGGGGUGGGAUUCAAGCCCAAGUUGGUCUGACUUCAGAACCCAUAGUCUUUCCCCUUCUUUUAGAGCUUCCAAGCAUGUAGGAAUAGAACAUGCUGGAAUAAGCAACAUCUGACUGUCACUCUUUGUUCUUACCAUUGCUUUCCUAGCUCCUUUUCUGGGAAGAGAGAGUGGCUGAUUUUCUGAUCAUUUAGGUACCGAGGCAUCCAAAAUAAUAUCGAAUCCGUCAUCCCUUGUAGAUCAGCUUCUCCAAGUCAAAACCAGUCUCAUCACACGUUUAAAAGAUGUUUCUGUUUAUCUAAUGCUGCGUAUCGAAUUGUGUGGUAAUUCAUGAAGGAAUUAUAUGCAGCGUGGGGGGAGGGUCUCUAAAUAGGAAAAGGGACAGGGAAUAAAUCUUCCUUACUGUGACCUCCCAAAAGGCACUUAUGCCUCACACUGUGACUCAGUGUGUACUCGAUGGACAAAGGGCAUCCUGCAUGUGCUCCUACUUUUAUUUAGAAACUCUCUUCUUCCAAAGUUAUGUGAAAAUCUAGUUUUAUCAGCCAAAAAUUUACAUUCAAUGUCAUAAGAAAAGGGACAUUGAAAAAUAUAAAGAAAUAUAUAUAUGCAUAUGCUAUGUAAGAAUUCCUGUGUAAGGAGAAAUUGUGUCAUGUAUUUUCUCUACUAUAAAUCCAGGUGGAUCAUG